AUGUCUUCCAUUAAAGGUCCCGGCGCUGCCCAGACCCACGACGGCUCUGGACUUCGUGUGGCUAUUAUCCAUGCGAGGUGGAACACUGCGAUCAUCGAGUCACUCGUCUCGGGGGCAAAGAAAACCUUGCUGGCGGCUGGUGUGACCGAAGAUAAUAUCACCGUCCAGACAGUUCCCGGCAGCUAUGAGUUGCCUCUGGGAGUGCAACGGAUCUAUGCUGCUUCCCAGCUUCAAGCCAACUCCUCCGGCGAGGGGAUCAGUGCCACCGAUUUGUUGUCAUCUCCCACCACCGAACCGUCUGGGUCUGCGACAUCUGCAACCCCGAAGAAGCCAUUCGAUGCGAUUAUUGCCAUCGGAGUCCUCAUCAAGGGUGCUACGAUGCACUUCGAAUACAUCGCAGACGCCGUCAGCCACGGGCUGAUGCGUGUCCAGCUUGAUUCGGGUGUCCCUGUCAUCUUUGGAUUGCUGACGGUGCUGACCGAGGAGCAGGGUUUGGAGCGGGCUGGUCUUGGUAAGAGUGGCAUGCACAACCACGGUGAGGAUUGGGGCAGCGCUGCUGUUGAGCUGGGCCUGAAGAGGAGGGAAUGGGCUGAAGGCAAGAUUCUCUAA